CUGAUAAACACCCAUGCCUGUAGGCACCUCCAUGCUUGCUAAUUACUUUCCUUUAGGGAAUAUCCCUGUAUUUAACGUCUACGAUCAAAGCAACUUCUUCUUGCAGAGAACCAUCGCCCAUCUUUCAUUCUAGCUUCUCUUCAGCAUGUCUCACAACUACCCCUACCGGAGAUUUCCUGCUCAGACGGAGACGCCUCCACCAGACUAUGAUUCCCGCCGGCCAGUAGGGGGGGAGUCUGACUUUUAUGGACAGCCCCAGCCCACCAGGUCCUUGGCCCAUCAGCAGUCGUCUCCUUCCUCUACUGAAACCCCCCACCCUGCCCAGGGUUCGGACGUGGCCGUGGGCCUCCUGCGGAGCUACGGUCUGGAUCCCACCGACCUGGCCCGUCUGGCGGAGCUGCCCGAGGAGAUGCUCAACCUCGACAGCCUCCCUCACCUCCUGCGACAGCUCAAGGAGGGGCGAGAGACGCCCUGCGCUCCUCCUCCCUUGCCAGCGACCGCCAUCGCUCCGCUCUCCUCUCGUCAUCCUGGUGCGUCCCGUUCCGCCGCUCCUUCCGCCCCCGCCGCCAACGACCAAUGGGCGCAGAUCCGGAACCAGCCGGUCCAGUACCCGCUCGGGCACAUCCUCUCAGCGGCCAAGAGCCGUUCUUUUGCGCCGCUUUCUUGCGAUCGGCAGGACCGCCGGGCCGAUCCCAGACCGGCGCCUGCUGCCGGGUCCAACAAGCAUCCCUCCGGCGCAGAGAAACCCCCGCUGCCUCCCUCGACCUCUUCUUGUUACAUGCUGGACUACGGCCAACAGGGGAGAACUGCGUAUCACGGUACGCAAGGGAGAGCCGACAGGUACGAUAGGCCCGCUCACGGCCAGCCAGCCUCAGGAAGAACGGCCCUUCCUCGCCACUCUCAGUCCGACCCCGCGGGUAGCUACGGCUCGGGGCCCGCCAGGGACCCCCACAGGGCCCAGCACCGGGCGGAGCCCCCGCAGGAUCUUCUUCCCCACAGCAGGGCUGGCGCCGGGCCGGCCCCCACGGCCCCCACCAGGAAGGAAGCCCUGGACUUCCACGGCUCGUCACCAGGAGCCUUCCCAUACUCUUGCUCGCUGUGCGAUGUCCUCGCCCUCUCAGCUAAGGUUUGGACUCAACACAUCAAUGGAUCCCACCAUGCCGACAAACAGCUGGCCCUCCUACAGAGGUACCCUGAAUGGGACUGUCGCAUGGGAAGAAAAUCAAGGUUUAAUGACGAACCAGAAAAGCCAAAAGAUAAAGAAAGACCCGCCCUUCGCCCUCAGACAACCAAUCGCAAACCUGAGCCCCAAAGGAAUAAAAGGAUGGCAAAAAAGACCGGGGGGGGGAACAGCAAAGUGGUGUGUGCCAAAUUUGAGGCCAAGUGCGUUGACGAAGUGUGCCUCAGGACAUUAAUCGAACCCUUCGGGAAGAUAGUCAAAGUUCUGAUGUUCCCUUGUUUGGCGUUUGUGGAGAUGGGCUCCAACGAGCAGGCCAGGGACCUGGAGAAGUACUACGGCAGUAACCCGGCCGCGGUGCAGGGCAAAGAGGUCACCUUCGAGCUGUCCUCCACCUUCAGCUUCCUGCAGAGCUCCCGGGUGCUGAGCUUCACGCCGGCUCCUCCAGGAGAGGACGGCUUCUCGGACCUCAUCAGUGUAGUGAAGCGCUUUGGGGCUCCGCUGUACACACUGGCCCUGCCCUCACUGGCAUUUGUAGAGAUGAAGAUCGAGGCAGAAGCCCAGAAGCUAGUCAACUAUUAUGCCACCAACAGCCUGAAGGUGAACGGGGCAGAGAUCAAGGUCAGCUUCUCCGGAGAGUACAACACACUCAUGCGAGUGUCCACAGCCAGAAAGUACGAGGAGCAGGAGAAGGGAGCAGAAGGAGCUGGAGGAGGAGGCUCCUGCGUUACCAAGCGCUCCAGGAGCCGGAGCCGGACGGGGAGCAGCCCUGGAGCGGACGGGAGUCAUCCCAAGAGGAGCCGACGGGGCGGAGAGGAAGGGGAGAGGAAGAGGAGGAGCAGCUCGCCGUCCCGAGAGAGGAGGCAGGGGAGCCAUCAGCCGCCCCACGCCUCGGACGGCGUGUCCCUUACUGAGGAGGCGGUGGUAGACGCAGACACACCCCCAGCACAACCAGGAUCGGAGGCCGAGGUCGGGAUCCCAGCUGGAUCAGAUCCAGAUACCAACGAGGCCGGGACUACUCACGACACGGCAGAGACGUCUGAAGAGGAGAGCGACAUCGAGGGGAUGGCGGUGAUCGGAGAAGACGGGGAGAGCCUCGACGAUGACGAUGACGAUGACGAUGACGAUGACGAUGGAGAUGGAGAUGGCACGUCAGAUACAUCCGGUCCCCCAGAACAAAUCAAAGUGAAGGAGGAACCAGAAGAAGAGACGCAGAUCUGCGAGGAGGAAGAGACGGCCUCCGUACCCGAGCUGAACGACCCAAAGGAGGUGGACGAGGAAGGGGAGGAGGAGGAGGAGCCCAACUUCCUGGAUAUCCUUGAGAACUGCAUCACUCUCGAUGAACUCUGCGAAGAAGACAAGGAAGAGAACGAUGAGAAAGAGAUGGAGAAGGAGGAAGAGGAGAAGGAUGAGAAAGAGAUGGAGAUGGAGGAAGAGGAGAAGGAUGAGAAAGAGAUGGAGAUGGAGGAAGAGGAGUGUAUUUAUGAAGAUAAGCAGGAGGAAGGGGAAUCCAAGGUGAUCUACUUCAGGAACCUCCCAUCAUCGUGCUUCACCGACGGCGAGUUUGUGGAUCUUGUGAAAGACCAAGGAAAGGCGGUCCGGUAUUUCCUCGUCCCUGGCCGCAGAGAGGGUUUCAUCCAGAUGUCCAGCGGGCCUGAAGCCGUACUGGCCUCCAGGGAGCUGCUGGGGAACAACCCUAGCUUUAAAGGCUCUGUGAUGGACUUAACACUGACCGACACGUACCCCAGUGUGUCCGCAGGGUGGAAGGUGUUAGACUCUGGGCCGGACGAGGACAGGGUGGAGGGAACAAGAAGGAGCAGCAGGAGCAGCUCCCACUCAGCGUCGCCACCACCACCCACCGCGUUGACGGAGGAGCCCUCUCACCUCAGUGCUGCGGAGGAGGAAUCGCCACCGCCUUCAUCCAGGAAGUCCUCUUCAGAGCAACAGGAAGUGGAAGUGCCUCGCCGGGAAGACACUCCCACACAGGAAGUGGAUGGCUCGGAGGAUGCGGCGUCCGAACCAGGAAGUGAAGACCAGGAGCAACCAGACGAGGCCGGCGGGGACGAGACCACACCCACUCCAGAAGGACAAACGCCACAGACAGAUGAGAACUCGGAGGGCGUUUGCUUGGAAGAUGUGGAGUCCGAGCAGACUGCAGCUUGUACAGAGAGGUUGGGUCAACCCCAGCCAGGGCCUGCAGGGGGCGACGUGGAGCCUGCUAAACCCACAAAACCCAUCGGUGCCGAGUUCGUCCGUCCCGUCGUCGGCUACUUCUGUAACCUCUGUGAGGUCAUCUACGUGGACGAAGAGGAGGCCAAGGUCGAGCACUGCAGCAGCCUAAUACACUACCAGAAGUACAAGGAGCACACAGGCCAGGACCCUUGGAGCACCUGAGACAAUUUUGAUUCAGAUGGGAACGAACGCCUUCCACUGAUUGGCUUGUUAUACCAUGUAACUCAUACCCUCAUUGGUCAGAUGCCCCUUCAUGCAACUAGUUAACCAUGUCUGCCAUGAAAAGGCAAAUGGCAUUUUUUGUUUCGUUUCUCGAUUUUAAAAUGGUUAACCCACUUUUUGUGGAACUUGCUUUGUUUGUAAAGCAUUUUGUAAUCUUCUAUUGAGAUGUUCAAUGUGCAUAGCGUUAAGCCCAUGUAGUCGGGCAUUAUGUCUUAAACAAGCACAUCACUGCACGGUCAUUUCUGAUAGGAUUUUUUGUUGUAUGUAACUUUUGGACAUCUACACAGCAUUGUUACUUGAAGAAAAGGCUUUUACAUUUUAAAACCGUGCCAUUUCUUUUUCCAAUAAAGAGUUACGCCUCGUGCCGUUAUGGCUUAGUUCCGAUCACAUCGACCCGGGUUUGAUUCCUCCCCUCUAACAUACCCUCCUGUCCAUCUCAAUAUUGGAGCAUAAAAAAGAAAAAAUAAACUGCACUUUAACGGCAUAUAAAAGUGUCACACGCUACAUCCAUUCAUACAAAGGUUGCAAUGUGGCUUCAAAUUGGCUCACCAGUCUUAUGAACCUUCAAUGUCUUGGCAGAGAGAGCAGGGGUCUCCAAAUGGCAGUUUCUCUGUAGCCAUGUCUUCUGGCUCGCCCCCAGGGACUGCUUUUGUCCCUUCAUUAUGUUCACGGACUGACGCAGGAGCGCUCGGGUAGGAAGCUAUGGGGACACAUUUUCUGAUAACAUUACUGCCCCUACCCCGAGGUUCAGAAUCCGAUCAAGGAAAUGCUGAUUUUAUUAAAUGUUGCGGUAACAACUUUUCAAAUCGGAACGGAUUAUUGAUUUUUAGAUGCAAUAGAGAGGCAGCUAAAGAGUGAAUCAUACACGAUUGAAAGCUAUGGAAAUUGACACAUCAUACAAAUAUUUGUGUACUUUUUCUGAUGACCAAAUGUCAUUUGAUGAGAAUAUUAGCGCCAUUGUGAAUUGAGGAAAACAGAACCGACCUUCCCCACAAAAAUUAUUUUUCUCUCUCAGGCCAUUCCAGGUCAUUCUAAGUCAAUUCACUUCAGGGUUCUUUUAUUUGUCGGUUUCACACCCUCAAAAAAAGACGGAAAAAUAGUUAUUUUAUCUGUAAUAAAUUAAAUACGGUAAUGAUUUCUGUAACCAACCAAUCUUUCUGAAAGCAGCGAGGGUUCCCCGUUCCCAGUCGGGCUUCCUUAUGUUGUACUUGCUUGUCAAAAUAACUGCAGUGAAAGAAAAUCCACCGCUUUGCAAUUUACCUUGUAAAUGCUCCAUAGGUUUGUUUAUAGAACAAAUAUGAAAUUAUAUGAAAUAAAAUGUCUGGUUCAAGGGCACAGAGAGGGUAAGAUGAUAAUUUCUGUUACGACAAUGUUUUACCUACAAUCUUUCUAAUCGUGAUCUUUUGGUUUAAGUACAAGAUUUCAGUGUUCAAAUACUGACGGUAAUUAUGAAAGCAUACAAUCACCAUAAAAGUUCUCUUUUUCUACAUUUAUUAAAAAAGAUCAACAGUUGCAACAUUCAACUAAGUUUCUUGUAGUGUGCAUCACAUUCAAAUCCCAAAAAUGAACAGUUGGGUAAAUACCAUGCAGUCUUAAACAAAACAAAAAAGUUAUUCAGCUUUCCUCCCUUUCUUGGGGGUCUGGGCCUUCGCCUGCUCUUUUUCAAGAUGUUUCUGAAAGAGAAGAUGGGUAGAGAUGGUUAGCCAUUAAAACCUUAUUGACCAAUAACUGCUUUGCUGAAUUCCCAUUAAAGGAGCCAUCACACUUGGCUAUUUUGUGAUAUAAAGCUGCGUUGCCAGUGCAGGAAUUGGCCACAGAACUAUGAAUCUUUGGUCGAAUAAAGUCCCGUCAGUGAUACUCAGACCUAUAUUAAGCAGUGCCAACAAGAAAAACUAAAUUGCAUCGAAUCGACACGGUCUGUGUUAACGGCGAACUCGAAUUCCAGAUUAAUCGGUGGGUUUGGUGGCUCUUUAAGUUCCAAUCUAACCUUAUUAUCUGCAUAAUAACUUCUAUAAAAACAGGUUGCUUAAGGUGAGUGUGUUCUCCACGCUGCCUGGAAGUGGAGCCAGUAGUAUGAACGGGCAAACUAGCAGCAAAAGACGGUCUAUCAGCAGCAUCAGAGUUAAGCCGACAGAGCAAACAGAUGUGGUGAGGCGCUUUCACACCAAAAUUGUACCGGGGGUGAAAAUUGUACCGCCUACGUAAUCAGCGUCGAAACAUAACAUCAUCGAUUGACGCGAAGACGAAAUAACAUAAUACAGAGGACACUUGUUUUUACUUUAUAUUUGUAUUGAAUUUAGCUAGUAAACUGAGUGUUUAAAGUGUAUCGUAGUUUAGCUAGCUUGUGUUAAUUUAAUUUAGAUAGAAGUCAUCGUUCGACGCGAUCGUCCGUUGCCAGGCAGGUUUGGAAUUUUCGGGGCUGACGAUUCAUCUAAAUCCAACAGACAUCGCAAUGUAAUAGAACGCCAUUUGCAAAUCGCAAAGGCUGCGCUAAAAUAAAAUAAAAUAUAUUCGAUUUUCUUGCUUUUGGGAUAUUUGUGAUUUGUUACGGUUGGGUUGGUUUGUUAACUGGAGAUCAGCAAGAUUCAUAUUUUUUUCUUUUACAAUUCAAUAGUUGCAUAAAAAUGGCAUAUCAAUUUGAUCAUAACAUCAUUUCAUCUCAAAUAGGCCUGGCCUAAACGAAAGAGCAGCUUAUAUAUUUACUGCUUCCAAUGUUGUAUUA